AUGCCUCUAGAUGAAGGAGAGACCCUCUCAAGGGCAGUGCAGCAGCUUCGCCGAGCGUGCGGUGAUAUGGUUAGCGCGACCGCCGAGUUGGGAACAGCGCGUGACGCCAUGGCGCGCGAAAAGCUGCGGAAGUCGCGCAUACUAGUCACGCAAUAUGAGGAGAAGGUUAGUGGGAUUCUUGCCAUGGGUAUAGACGCGGAGUUGGUCUCUCUGCGGGGAGAUUACAACGCGGCGAGGGCAGAAUUUGAUCAGGUCAACAAGGAGGCGAUUCGAAAGGAGAAACAGACGUGGCGCCCUACUACUAAGGCUGAUUCGGUCGAGGGAGAGAAGCGUGGCGCUGUGGGUGCAGCUCUCAUGGCCCAGAGCCCUGGGCGUUUGCAGGAGAUCAGGGUUGUUGACAUGUCGAGGCUCCAUACGGAGGAAGCUCUCCAGCGGGAAAAGCUUCUCGGCGUGCGAGAAAUAGAGACCAACAUGAUGGAUCUUCACACCAUGUACCAGGAAUUCCAUGAUCUUUUGCACCAUCAGCAAGCCAAUCUGGACAUUGUAACGGAAGGCGUGUCGGGUGCCAAGACGUCUGUGGAGGGUGGAAGGAAAGAGCUCGCAGUAUCCUCCAGACGGCAGAAGUGUGGUCGAAAGUUGCUGUUUGCCAUUACUGUCGUGUUAGUUAUUGUCAUUAUUGUAGUGAUUGUUGUGGUGUUUCUUGUGAAGAGCUGA